UCAGUACCUAGCCCCGGUCUCCUUGGUGGCAGGAGUGAUCCAGACAGCAGGUCUGAUCAUCUGCUUCUACUACAUGGUCCGCGACCUUCCCGAAAUCUCCGAAGAAAUCCCAGGCUGGGCCGGCUUUUCGAAGCUGCCGCUGUACUUCGGCUCCGCGAUUUACGCCUUCGAAGGCAUCGGCCUUGUCCUGCCCCUGGAGAACAAGAUGAGGACCCCCAAGUCCUUCCGGGGCUUCACUGGCGUCCUUAACACGGCCAUGAUGUGCGUCAUCAUCCUCUACGCUGCAAUGGGCUUCUUCGGUUACCUCCAGUACGGGAGCAAAGUCGAGGGAUCCAUUACUCUGAAUCUGCCACCGAACGAAGGCCUGGCCCAGUCGGUGAAGAUCCUGAUGGCGGCGGCCGUGUACUUGACGUACCCCUUGCAGAUGUACGUACCUUUCGAAAUCCUCACGCCCUCUCUGAGGAACCGAUUCGACAGCCCUAGAAAUAAGUUCCUCGCGGAGUAUACCCUAAGGACAUGCUUGGUGCUAAUCACUUGUGAGUACGAGCUUCCAUAG